AUUUAAGACAGCCCGUCUAGUAACCAUGAUCAGAGUGCCACUAACUAGAGGGGAAGAAAGAAGCAGGUGGCAGAUCUUGUCUAGUAGUAACUGCUGUACAACAUUCCCAGUAUUUUUCAUUAUAAUGGAGACAGCGUUCGCUUUGGGAUUGAUCCUGCUUUUAUAUAGCGCUGCUACUAUAACAGCACGGCCGAAUGCGGGAGCACGGUCGGCCGAAGAAGAGACCAAUUUCGAAACAAUGGUUCGGUUUUUGGUCAAGAAGCUCAAUUCAAAUGAACACCUACUACAACUCUUGGAACAUAGAUUCGAGAAGAUGUCUGGAAAUGUAAAAGUACAUGCCUUGCUAUUACAAAGACUCAAGAACGAACUGAAAAGUUACAGAGCAAGAAAGCAGAAACUAAGUGGAAACCUAACUACUAAGGAUAAUCCGUUAUAUUCUGAUGGCACAAAUAAACGGAGAGUACUGCACAGAGCAAGACGGCAGGCAGCUUACAGUUUUUUAAGCCCAGAGAUUCUUGAAACGCUUGCACAACAAGAAAGAAUCGGUGUCAAUGACACCCCCAUGGUGUUUGCCAGUGAUCCACCACCUUUAUUUCCUCAGGAGCUGAUUUUCGUGAGUGCUCCAAAUGUGCAGAGCACGCCAGAAGAAAACCUUGGGGAAACUACCGCGACUGUUACGGUUAGCACAGCCCCUCCUUCAACAAGUCCCACAGCAGAAUUGAGAAUUAAACUGCAUCAUAACGUAGAUAGCAAUCCAACCAAUGCCCAAAGCCAAGGACAACCACAACCACAGCCACAACUUCAAGAACAACCUCAACCUCAACAGCAACAACCACCACCUCAACAACAACAACAACAACAACCCCAACAACAACAGCCACAACAGCAGCAGCAACAACAACAACAACAACAACAACAACAGCAACAAUACCGAGGUUCAGACAAUCUUGUUUUGCCACAACCAAAAGCAACUCCACAACCAGGUGUACUCAAGGAAGCUGAUGAAGAAUACGAAGCAGGAGAUAAUUAUUCAUCGUCAGCAGGUAAUUCUUGGAGUAAAUUCAAUAAAUCUGAAAAGAGCUCAGGCUCGGGACAGCGAACGGAACCGGAUGAAAUGGAACAUGGAACCAAGAAAGGCUCUGGUAGAGAUUCAGAGGGAGAUGAACACCAUAAAACCAGGUUCAAUACUCAUUCACGUCUAUUUGGAAAACAGCAUGGAAACAAAAGGAACUUCAAAGGCCCUCAAAAGAAAGACAGUGAUUAUGAGGUCUCCGACAAAGAAGAACGAGCAUUUGUUCGUAGUAGUGAAUAUGAAAACUCAGAAACAAGUGGAUUAUCAAGGAAACGGCGAUUUCAACCAAUGGCCAUUCGUGCUCAUGAUCCAAGAGUUGAUUAUACACCUGAAAUGAAUUAUCCUUUACAACCAGACAAAGGCCAGGAAACAGAAGAGAGUCAACCUUCUGAAAAUGGAAAAUCUAGUAACGCUGGCAUUGUUUGGAUUUCAAAAGACAGUCGGAAUGAACUGGGUACGAUAGAACCAGAAACAAAAUCUGGACAACAGAAUUCUCAAGACAACUUAACAAUUUUUCAAAGAAUUGAUGGUUCUUCUCAAGAUUAUCCAGGGAAUAAAGAAUCAGGAGCAACCAACAAACAAGAUACGGAUGAGUCUAAAACGGCACAGAGUGAAAAUGGAGAACAAGCAGGUCAGGAACAACAAGGCCAGCAAGAGGCAGAUACGACAGACACGAAGGGAAGUAACUCACAGAAUCAGCCAGGAACUGAUGAUCACAAAACACCUUAUCUUUACCCAGGAAUAGAUGAACAUGGAAUCCCACAUGCUUACCCUGGGGUAGACGAACAUGGAAUCCCACAUCUGUACCCAGGAAUUGACGAGCAUGGCAUCCCGCAUCUUUAUUCCGGUAUAGAUGGAUAUGGAAUUCCGUACGGAGGCCAAGUUGGCGAUGAGUACGGGACUCAUCUGUUGCCUAUUGAAGAAAGCAACAAUCACAAACACAAUGUGCCAACUGGUGUGCAAAAUGGCAUGAUAGACAAGAACAGAUAUGAAGGGAUGUAUCCAGGUGACGGUUUUCUAAACCCUCCGUAUGGUGCAGAAAACUACUUGGACUUCCCACUUGAUGGCGAAGCUGGUCAGAUGAACAUUCCGGAGGAAGAAGAAAAAAAAGAUGGAUCUGAUGAAAGCAGUGAUGAAGAUACUAAAGGUGCAGCGUUGUCUCACAGUAAAUAUGGUGGAGUUAGACACAUGGAAAGACUAAGAGCAGGAGAUAUUAUAUCCUCAGCAGAAAGACCAGCAUUUAAUAUGGAUCUUUAUCCAGCAGAAUCAAACACUUUGGCCGAUAACAGUGCACAAGGGGACAAAGAUUCAGAAGAAUCUGGAGAAGCACCAACUCACAACGCCAGAAGUUACCAUGGUGAUUACCACGACCCAGUCAACAGUCAGUUGUUUAUGUUUAACAAAGAAUAUCCUGAUAAGAAUUCGUUGUUACACAAAAUCCAAAUGGCUGCCAACCAAAGGAAUCCAAUAUAUUCAGGAAUAGAUCCAGACGAAAAUCAAAGUACUGACAAGCAGAACAUGAAUUAUGGCAGACCAAACUACAACAUAAAUCAAAGGCAUGACAGUAAUCCUGGCAGGUAUUUACCAAAUUCAAACAGACAAGGAUUUAAUAGGGAUUUUAGACGUCGGAGUUUUGAUGGGAUGAAUAGAGGAAUUCAUGAUACAACAUCCAAUCGAUUUGGAUAUGGCACAAUGUCGGAUCACUCGGGUUACGACAAAGGCUUUGAUCGGUUAAACUACGAGUCUAGAUUGUUCGGUAAACCCUUUUACAACACAAAUCCAAAGGGAUACUAUCACAGUCAAAACAGGGGUUACAACAACAACCCUUUCUCAAACUACAACAGUCAACCAAACUACAACAGUCAACCAAACUACAACAUGGGGUCGAAAAGAAGCAGACAUAUGAUCCAAUCUAACAGCAGGUCAAAUCUCCAUUCUAUGCAGAGGAUGCAUAACCUACCAUUCAGCAGAUAUAAUACCAAAAGUGGAUACAAUGCAGAGAACAGUUACAAUAACAACCAGUAUUACGAUAUUGGAAGAAACAACCGAGUAGAAAGCAGCUACACAUCACACACCAGAGGCACUGCCUAUCCAGCUUCAGAUGAACAAGAUGAGAUAUUUGGCACUGACGCCUAUUACAACAAUGACAGUGGAGAAGUAAGAGAUGAACGAAAGAACAAUGCCAAUAGCAACACCAACAACAACAAUAGCAACAAAAAUAACAACACACAUCAUGACAGUGCUGAGAGAAGAAACAGCAAUAAUUUCAUGUAUUAAGAUAUUUGCAUUCUGAUGAGUUAGCUUCUGCCCAGCUGUUAACAUGAACGACCAACACAAGAGAUUUCUUCCACAACAUCAUCACUGUUAAAGUCAAGAUCCUCAUCAUCCACUGGAAUGUCAGAUAGGGCUUCUGAGCUAUCAUUCUUCUU